GGUGCAGCUCAGCAUCCUCCCCUGGGCACAGGGGAUGCCAGCUCUGCCAUGGCCACCUGUCCCGAGCUGCAGCCUGGGCAAGAGAUAAAGCGUUUCCUGAAGGAGGACUCGGAGGAGGCUGAGCUGAGCCAGCUGCUGCGGGAUUGCCCACCAGCUGACAGCCCCAGGAAGGUGGAGCCCCUGGAGAGCCGGCGGGAGCCUGGACACCCCCUCAGCAGUGUGGGCAGGGUCCCUCCUGAGGAAAUCACUGACGAGAGGGACUCCAGGGUCUUCUCCCACUCUCGGCCCUUGGAUUUCCAGCAACAUAUCGCUGCUCCUCCACCCCCCAGCCCCAACCGCCCACGGAGCCCCUGGGGGCAGCUGGACCCCUACGACUCCUCUGAGGAUGACAAGGAGUACGUGGGCUUCGCCACGCUGCCCAACCAGGUCCAUCGGAAGUCGGUGAAGAAGGGCUUUGACUUCACCCUGAUGGUGGCAGGGGAAUCGGGGUUGGGCAAGUCCACCCUGGUCAACAGCCUCUUCCUGACGGACAUGUACAGAGACCGCAAGCUGCUCAAUGCUGAAGAGCGCAUCACACAGACUGUGGAGAUCACCAAGCACGUGGUGGACAUCGAGGAGAAGGGCGUGAAGCUGCGCCUCACCAUCGUGGACACGCCGGGCUUUGGCGACGCCGUCAACAACACCGAGUGCUGGAAGCCGGUGGCUGACUACAUCGACCAGCAGUUCGAGCAGUAUUUCCGUGAUGAAAGUGGCCUGAACCGGAAGAACAUCCAGGACAACCGUGUCCAUUGCUGCAUCUAUUUCAUCUCCCCCUUCGGCCACGGCCUCCGGCCCCUGGAUGUGGAGUUCAUGAGAGCCCUGCACCAGCGGGUCAACAUCGUGCCGGUGCUGGCCAAGGCUGACACCCUGACCCCCGCCGAGGUGGAGCGUAUGAAGAACAAGAUCCGGGAGGAGAUCGACCAGUAUGGCAUCCGCAUCUACCAGUUCCCUGAGUGUGACUCGGAUGAAGAUGAGGAGUUCAAGCUGCAGGACCAGGCACUAAAGGAGAGCAUCCCCUUCGCCGUCAUCGGCAGCAACACCAUCGUGGAGGCCAAAGGCCGGCGUGUCCGUGGGCGCCUCUACCCCUGGGGCAUCGUGGAAGUGGAGAACCCGUCCCACUGCGACUUCGUGAAGCUGCGCACGAUGCUGGUGAGGACGCACAUGCAGGACCUGAAGGACGUGACGCGGGAGACGCACUACGAGAACUACCGCACACAGUGCAUCCAGAGCAUGACCCGCAUGGUGGUGAAGGAGAGGAACCGCAACAAGCUGACACGAGAGAGUGGGACUGAUUUUCCCAUCCCUGUCAUCCCCCCAGUGCCAGAUGUAGAGACAGAGAAGCUCAUCCGGGAGAAGGAUGAGGAGCUGCGGCGGAUGCAGGAGAUGCUCCAGAAGAUCCAGAAGCAGAUGAAGGACUCGCACUAGCCCCUUCCCUCCUCCUCCUCCCAGAUCAGAAAUGUUUACAUCACGCUCCAUCCUGCCCUGGCCCUGCUGUGAGACUUGGUACCAACACUGCACCCGCCACCUUAAACUGCUGCGGUAUCGCCUUAUCCACUGCCCUGGGGGCAGCGAGGGGACUGGGCACCUGCCC